UCCUUUAUGCACGGCCACCCCACUCUCGAACGAUGCCAAGUGUGCUAAUGAGUGACGCCGGCGGACUGAAAGCUGUCAAGUACAGUGCGGUGGGUCUGUUAGUGUUGAUGGGAGGCUUACGCUGGCCGUAUGCUGUUCACGCACUAUUGCGGAUCGCACAAUGGGCCGCCGCAAGCAUUUGCGCGCUGUUUGUGUUGAACUUGAUCGUCUUAUACAUCUAUAUCAAGUACUUUGUUUCGCCUGCCAACGAAAGCCAGGACCGUCGAAAAUACCGUCAAGUGGAAGAAUUUCGACCUCUGCGGUUUGUCCACAAGUCCAUAUGGCCGCAAGUCCAAGAACAACGGCGAAAGGACAACACGCGAGAAAAACCUGCCCAUGUCUUUGCCACAGCGGCCGAGUCGGAAGCCUUCGAGGAACUGUUGACGUACGUUCUGAGAGACUUUAUCGACUCCUGGUUCGUGCACAUUUCACGAUCCACCAGUGAAGUCUCGUUUCCAAAGUCGGUCGAUCACAUCAUUCGAUCAGCAGCCAUAGCGUUGAAAAAGCGAGUCGAGGAAACCGAUCUACUUACAGUCAUUGUCAGUCGAAUUAUCCCCAAAGUCACCUCGCACGUCUCUGAAUUCCGUGCCGCCGAGACCGCACUUCGAGGCAAGUCCUUGGAACGAUCCGUCACUCAAUCCGACGAACUCGAUCUACUCUUGGCAUCUCAAUUCCGAGGUGGCAAGCUGCACUCGGCAUUGACAACCGCGGCUGUCACGACGAAACCCACCGAAGUAGCCUACUUGAGACACCUGGUGGAACGAGUCCUGCCUUUUGUUAUUGACGAAAAGGAAAUGCAAAGUGGACCUGUUCGAGUCAUUAUUCGGGAAAUGGUGACCUGUGCGGUGUUGCAACCGGUCGUUGACAUGGUCGCGGAUCCCGAUUUCUGGAACUGCACCAUUGACAGUUACUUGGGGAAAGCCUUGCGAGAACAGAAAAUGGUCCGCAAGUUGCGAGAAGUACUGAACCGACAUUCCAAUGCCAUGGAUGCAACUAUGGAUCCCGAGAUGCCAACCACGGCGACCGAUCCCCUAGACGAUGAGACAUUGGUACCCCAUGAUACAUUCAAACCAUCGAAACGAUCGUCGUUUCGGAAACAAUUUUCGUUGACGUUUCUUGGCGCUGUCAAGGAAACAGACAAUGACACUGGCCUAGAUCCUCGUAAACAGCAUGAGUUUGGAAGCAGUAGGAUGGGCCGGCGAGCGUUUCACGAAUUUCUUAAAAUGAUUGAUGAGGAAAAGAAUUUGUUGGAUCUGAAGCGCGUACGCAAUGACAUCGUCACGCAAAUCCGGAAAAAGAAAGCUCAGAUUGGCGAUCGUGAUCCAGAAGAAGUUAUUGAUGGAGAAAAAGUCGAGGAUGUCACCGUGUAUGUCAAUCGGCUCAGUGUAGCCAAGAAACGAGUCGACAAACGCAUCGCCUUUCUCUCAGGAGAGAAAGAGGAGGUGAGGACCUCUUCCUCCCAUUUGUUUAGGAAUCGCAAGCAGAGCACAUCGAUUGCGACGCCCACGUCGGGUUUUACUUUGGAAGAGAUUUUAAGAAACACGGCAGGAUUGUCGUACUUUAUGGAAUUCAUGGAUCGCCGGCAUGAUAUGUUUAAAUUACAGUUUUGGCUCAUUGUGGAAGGGUUUCGAAGUUCCCCAGUGAGCAAUGUGUACGAGCAACGGCGCGACGAUCGUACAUUUUUGCAAGACGUCAAAAUGGUGUAUGAUAUGUACCUGUCCUCGACCACUCCACACCGACUUCCCGUCAUGGAGCCGCUCGUCAACGAACUCCAUCAAGCUAUUCGUCAUGCCGAAGGAAUCGAGGUGUCGUCGGACACGGAUGCCUCCUUCUCGGCCGAGGUACAGCAAAUCCGGGAAAAACUGUACCAGAUCCAGCAGCAUGUUUUUUGGCAAAUUGAAAAGGAGCACUUUCCUUACUUUAAGCGGUCGGAUUUGUAUUUCAAAUAUCUCGCAUCUUCCCCCAAUCCUGCGACAGAACCCGUAUUGGAAAGACGCAGUUUGGAUGAAACGACGUGGUAUCGACGAACGCCAUCCGUACACAGCGAAACAGAUGUGGCUAAAAACCGUCCUACUUCUGCAUCCAUGGAACGUACCGCCUCCGAUCAUCUACCACAGAAUGAUACGUGGGAUAAGCCCGACAUCGCCAAAGCCGAAUCGGAUACCGAAGUGCUGUCCAGGGACCCAAGACGAAAUCAAACAACGUACAUCACGUUUCCCAGAAGUCUGAAUGCUGGGUCAGCCGAAUUUUCCCGUCGACGCGGUCACGUACGGGCUGCAUCUGACAAUAACUAUGCGUUUUCCCGAUUUUUAUCAUUGAGCAAAGUCCUGGGAUCGGCUAAUGACUGGUGGAAUAUGAUGGACGGGCAAGGCGGCCGUACCAGCCGGCCGGCGUCCAUCAAUGAGACGGCGAAAAAGCGAAACUCGACACAUGGAUCUAUCAAAUCCACCGACACAGAGUAUCCGGAAACCGAUUACGAGGAUGAUGGCACAACGACGAAAUCGAUGCCAAUCAUAGCGGAACCUGAUCGUGCAUUGCUAUCGGAACCUACCACUGCAUUGGCUUCCGAAUCUUCCUUUGUUCCCUCUCCCAUGGCACGUCAACAGCUCGCGAGACGAAACACCGUGGACGCCGUGGAAGCUGAAUUGCAAUCGAUAAUUGAUGAUGACAAAGGCGGUAUCGAUGUGCUACACGAAGAAGAUGAUGAUUCUCAAAAAUCAGAAGAGCACCCCAGUUCUUCCAAAGUCGAACCCAGCACCUCCAGCAGCUCCACCACCGCCAAUCGACAACGACCGAGAUCGCUCUUAUUGAGCGGCGCUCAUAAUGUGAAAUCAUCCAUGGCAUUACCGGUUUCCAGUGUCGAUACGCUACCUCAAUGGACCAGUUCAGGAGGCAUUAAUACAAUCUCUAUCAUUGAGCACAGCGAAUUCAACGAUCACGCCGCCAAGAAAUCCGAUCAAACCGCCAUAUCUGGGCCUGAUUCACCCAGCACAAGCAUCGCACCGGAAAAGACCGCCGAAGAAACAACCAAUGUUCAUCUUGCGCCACCGGGAGAUCUCAUGCUAGCCGACAAGGUAGCCAAGCUUACGGAAGAGAUGGAAAAACUGAUCCAGCAGGAAGCCAUUGUGGAUGCCCUGAUCCAAAAAGCGGAAAGCAAAAAUAAAGUGGAAGAGCUACGCAUUUUGAAGAAAAGCAAAAGCAUGUUUCGUCGCGAGUUGCAACAGAUCAAGUAUCAGCGAAGUCAAUACGAAUUGCAAGAAUCAGAAAACGUGCUGAUGCCGGAUCGCACAACGGUCAGUAUUACGAGUUCUACCAUUGGUUCCGACGAUCACGGCGAUUUCGCAUUGUAUGUGAUUGAGAUUCAACAGCUGGGCUUUGACGGUAAUUACGCGUCGGGAUGGAUCGUUGCACGACGAUACAGCGAAUUCUUUGCCUUGCAUCAGAAACUCAAAACGCGCUAUCCCGCGGUCAAGCUCUUGGAAUUCCCGUCCAAAUGGCCUUUGCUGAAAUUGCAGAAAUCGUUUGUGGAAGCAAGACGCGUCAAUUUGGAACGGUACCUGAGGCGCUUAUUGGAAGACAAGGAGAUUUGCAAAAGCGAAGAAUUGCGUAUUUUUCUGUCUCAGCAAAACAUCUUUGUGCCUGGUCCGGAUCAAUCCGUCUACAGCAUGAAUCCUGAAAACUCAGCAAGGCCAUCCUCCAAGAAAAAGAAAUCGGCAAUGCUGACCGACAGAGGCACUGCCGAUGCGUCCCUGGCCAUGCAUUCUUCGUGUAGCUCAUCAACUGUGGCUUCUACCCAGUCGCGAUCCAUGGUCAAUCUUCAGCGAUCCAUAGCAGCCGAUGCCAUGAGUGAUGCCGCGCUUCACCGCAAACCGUCCAAGGGAUUCAUGAAGCACAUCUAUAAAACUGUCGCUGAGGGUAUCGAUGAUAUGUUUAUUGGUCCAUCCAUGUUGGAUUUGAUCACCCAGCGUCUAGGUGAACAGCUUAUGGACUUCUCAAAUGAUACCACCACCACCACCACCGACGUCCUGAAUGACAGCCCUUCGCCGAAACCGGUACGAUCGGCGCCAAGUUCUUCCAACUCGUCGAACAAAAUGAUGGUAGGAAACGAAUUUGCGCCAGACGUUCCUGUGGAAUUCUCUACCGAAUCCCUAAAGAACAUCGAUCCUGAGGGUGUGACUCGGCUUACCGAACCUUUAUGCGACUUGUUCAUUGAGAUGUUUGAACUCAAGGAGAAAAAUAACUGGUUACGUCGACAAGCUGUAGUCAUCAUUCUCCAGCAAAUCCUAGGGGGCACCAUCGAAAGAAAAUUACGUGAACUCAUUCGAUAUCUGGGAACGGAACCUAUGAUGGUUUUCUAUCUUCGACGUAUCAUUGAUAGCCUUUGGCCUGGAGGUGCGAGCAUCACUUUUAAACCGGCUCGACAACCGGAAGAGAAAGCACAAACUCGUGAAGAAGCCAACCGCAAAUUAUCGGCGUGGUUACCAGGUAGGAUAUCAAGGUAGCAACAACGGUUGGAUUCUUUGCAAUUAACGAGUGAUUAUUUUGCGUAAAGAUCUCCUGGGAAACAUGGUCGGUCGUCAGAAUGCUAGACGUGGCGCCAGACGACUUUUCAGCGUGCUACAAAACAAGCGACUCAAUCAACAUCUGGUGUAUACAUUACUGGACGAAAUCGUGGCGGCUUUGUUUCCCGAUGCUUCACUCGAAAACGUUAGCCAAUCUCGCUCCUGAGCAUUCAUGCCCAUUCCAUCCUCUUUGUAUCAUAAUAUUCCCUGUAUUAUCUUCAUCAUUUAUAUACAUAUAUUUAUCUAUCUACGUAUGCAUGCUAUAAUUGUAAUAUUGUAUUACGCACACCGAAACACCCCCUCUAUUAAAAACAUUAGGAUCGAAACACUGACUAUUUUCAUAUCAUAACUCAUGAAGAAAGGGAACGGUUGUUUUUUAUCGACUUUAGAAUUUUUUGAUUUGCAA